CGUUUUUGUCUGGUUAAUCGCGACAAAGAUAGAGGAAAAUAUGGAGCAGCUCUUCCUCAAUCAGUAAAGCAGAUUCAACCAGUUCUGAUGCGAGUAUCGAUGCACUUCUUCCCGCGUACAACGAUUCAAUUUAACAAGUUGCAGCCCUGUUUUCCGAUAAAGUUCCGCCGGAUCGCCACAAGAGUGCGCCAACUGCGACUCAAUAAAAUCCAAAGAGCGCCGGACGGGCGGUGUUCCGCGAUGCGUGAUGAGUUUGACAGCUCCCGCGUACUGAGCGUUGUUUAAAAGUAUAAGAAAAAAAGAGAAAGAUCGAUCGAGAGAUGCGGCUAAGAAAAAGUCCUUAACACGUUUCCGUAUGCAUCCAUGGGAGAUUGUCUAAUAUGGGAGAAUGGUUGGUCACAGAAUUAUCACGCUGAUACUCUUUCUGGCAGCAUGGCACAAAGCAGCAACUUUAGUGCCAGUAAGAUCUGUGGCUGUAGAUAUAGGUCAGAACUUGACAUUAGCAUGUGCAGAAGAAGAUGCAUUGCCACAGGCAGGAGAAUCUGUUGGAGUGAUGUGGAUAAGGGAGGGACGGGAGGAUGGACAAAUUGAAAGACUAAAAGUUGAGCCUAAUGGAGCAUUACAACUUAUUAAUGUUAGUGCGGAUGAUGCUGGGAAUUAUUCAUGCACCUUAGAUGAUGAUCAUGAUGCUGUCAAAACUAGAAUCAGUGUACAAGUUAGAACUCCUCCACCAGCUUUACACAAUGUAUGGGUCAAACCAUCAACAAUAUUGGCAAAUAUUCUUUGGGAAGUAGCUGGCACAGGUGGUUAUCCUAUCAUAGAUUUCACUGCCGAAUAUCGUCUUAAACCGAAUGCAGGUGAAGAACCAGAAGACUGGAAGCCUAUUGUUCCAACGCACAUUCCUCCAAAUUCUAGGCAAAUUGAUGUGUAUCACUUGGUGCCAAACACUACUUAUUCGUUUCGUGUCUGGGCAACAAAUCAACUGGGAAGAGGAGAAAUUGUUGAGGUUGAAGGUCAUACUCAUCACAGUAUUGAAGAAUUAGAACUUGCAAGACAUCUCUUAGCAGGUGUAGAAAAUUUUGACACUCGUGUCUGGGUGGCAGCAGUAGGCAUAGUUAUGGGUACACUUAUGAUUCUUGGUAUAGGUACUUGUUACCUCCUCUAUCGUGAGUGCAAAGUACCCUCGCAGCUGGAGGAGCAGGAAGUGAUUGAACUUGUACCUAAUAUCAUUCUGAAUCCAGGAUUUUUCGACGAAAGAACAGAACACAUUCCACAAGAUGAAAAUUUCAAUAACCAGACCACUACACGCUUAAACAAUAAUAGCGUUGUGCAACCCAUGCGACUUUAGCAAUUAACUAUUUAGAUUUCUGUGGCUAAUUUUUAUUAACAAGUGGCUUGAGCACACAUUUAUGUGUCACCUUAAACGUAAGUAACUGGAAUUACAAGAGGCCUCAAAUCCGCCAAGUAUCGCAAUGCGUAGAAUCAGAUAAGCGAUGAAGAUUAUAAUCAUCGCGAAAAUGGAAAUUUAUGUUUAUAGACAGAAAAUUGAGAAAUGCAUCAUACAUUCCGAAUAUUCUAAGGAAAUAAAUUUUUCACUUGCAAUGUAAAGUGUUCAAAGCAUAUGUAAGACUCUGCUAGGUUUUGUGAAAUCGAGUAGCACAUUUUUGAGAAUAUUUACCAGGAUGUUCUAACAACUAAAAUUCGAUAUUGUUGCUCAGUUAUCGAGCUUAAAGUCAAGGACUCCUGUAAGCGGAAAAAAGAAUAUUCUUAGUAAGACUGUAAUUCUAAGAACAAAAGACAAAAUUUUGAAGAAACUAAAAUCAUACGACAUUAUUAUUAAGCGGCAAAUAUUUGUCUUAUGUUCUGCAUGAACACAUGUUUUUUACGCAGUUAUUUUUAAUCAUUACCAUUGAACAGAAAUGAGAUUUUAACGGACAAUAUCAUGCAGAAAAUAAGACUUUUGCCAAUAACGUACAUCAUCAGAUUUUGUCAAACACGAGGUAUGAUAAAGGCUUGCUUACUGCCGUUUUAAGGUGUGCAGAAGUCGUUGGUAAAAAAGUUCCUUUUUUGUGUCUUUAUAAAAAUUAUUGUUUUUUUAUUUAUUGUUAUAAGAAUGCACUUAUUUUUUUAGAAAAUAUUUUGGUAAUGUUUUCUUCCAAAGAAAUUAAUGUAAUAGGAGUCAAUGCACUACAUGCUCUUUCUGGAAAAAUCCUGUGAAUCAGAGAGUGUACAAAUUAUAGUAUUCUAAUUAUAAAACUGAUUCUACUCUGUUAAUGUUAUUUCUAAUAAUAUUAUAUUCUUCAUAUUUUUAACUUUGCAUGUAAUCAUUCAAAUGUGUCUAAUGCUUCAACAUGCUUUUGCACUACCUUAAUAACAAAUGCAAUAUUCACUGCUAUUGAAUUAUAAAAAAUUAUAAAAUCUGAUUUCAUCAAAACUAAAUAUGAAAUAGCACAAUUUCAUGAAUAAUAAGUACAUAAACUUUCUAGAAAAGUAAAAAAAUACAAAUAUUCAUUGAAUUUUCAUAAUAUUCAGCACAUAAGAAUUAUUCAUAAUCAUCACACAUUUGGUUAAAUUCAUUCCAUUUAGAUUAGUGGUAAAUAUAGAACAAGAGUAGAAUAAGUUAAAAUAUUUUGGAUAUCACCUUUGAUAGAAUCAAGUUUGAUAAUCGAUCGUUGAAACAGAUCUUUUCCAGAUAUUCAUUUUUUUAUGAGAAAUAUCGUCUCAAAUUGCAUACAAAAUUUAACUUAGUCAAUCAAUAAAGGUUGAUGAUUUUGAUAAAAGUUCUUCCUGUACAAACAAAUAUAUAGUUAUUUUCCACAAUUUACACGUAGUAUCAUAUCAGAAUUUUGUCAUUAUGUAAAAUACAUUAUCAAGAUUGUAAUAGUGAAUGCUUAGUGUUGAGACUUUCCUUAGGAAAAAAUAAAAAACAAAAUACGUUUGAAUUUUUUGGAUGAAACAUUUCUCAGGAAAGAAACCAAUAUAUUCAUUUACGUUUAUUACAUUUUGUUGAUUAAUUUUGGUUAGGACACCUUAAGUAAUGAAUAUGGAAAUGGUUGUGGAAAUUGAUUCUCGUGUAUUAGUCUUUCAUGUGUUACUAGUAAAGCUCAUAACGUAAGAAACAUAAUACCUUAAUGAUUCUACUUAAAACAAUUAUAUAAGUUAAAUACUGCUUUUGUCAAUAUAAGAAUCUGACAAGAAGCAAUUUGGUGCACGCAGGUUGUAUAAAUAUUGGUUGUGCGUUGUUACAUUGAAGCUUUAUGAUCUGUUCCUCCCUGCAGUAUAAUCUUAUAGGGGUGAACAGAUUCAAUUCGGCUUCGUACUAUGCACUCUGUGUUGUGAAUGGUAUAUAUACGCGCUAAUGAAAAAAUAAUAUGAUAAUAACAAUAAUGAUAACAAUAUAAAUAUAUAUAUACAUAUAUAUUUAUAUAGCCGAGGCAUCAUAAUAUUUUAGCUAUAAGCAAAGACAAUUUUUUAUAUAAAUAAUAAUAAUGCUGAAUUGCAAUGAUGAAUAUUUAUCUACAUAUUCAUAUAGAUAAUUUUGUGCUAUAAUAUCGAGCUUCAAGAGUGAUCAAGUAGAUAUGCUCAUUAAGAGUAUUUCAUGUAGAAUAAUCAUGUUCCUCAUUCCAUUUAGAAGAGUUGUAUUUUUUCAUCUUCUGUUUAAAGAUUGUAUAAACAACCUUCAUGUUUACAAAUGCAAUACUUUUGAAAAUUAUUAAUAAUACAUCAUAAUAACUGCAACCUUUUUUUAAGGAUAACGUUUUUUUUUCUUUUUUAAUAAUUCAGCAAUAAUAUAUCAUAUUACUUUAAAAUACGACUCUUCAUAUGUCAUGCACAUUCAAAUAAAAUUAUAAUCACUUGUUUCUGCUGACAUAUAUAACAAUAGGUGUAUUGUAAUUUAAAUAUGUAACUGUCUCUAUCAAAGCUGUCUGGUGAAAGCAUAGGUUUUGCAUUUAGCGGCAUUAAUAUUGUGAAGCCUGAUAAAAAAAAGAAGUAUAAAUGUUACUUGAUAUAUGAAAUGAAAAAUUAUUCUUAUAACUAUCAGCUGCUAUAAAAACUAAUAAUAAAACUUAGUCUUCUGGGUUUAGAAUUCUGCCAUUGUAUACCAUUAAAAGAUUCGCAUAUCUACCUAUGCAAUAUAGGACAUUCAUAAAAUAACUUCGAUUACAUUAGGAGUACAAUCAAUAAAAUAAUAUCAUUAGAAUCAAGAGUAAAUAAUAAGAUAAUCAUUCUUUCUUUUUUUAAUAAAAUAAUCAAUAUUUUCUUAAUAUCAUGUAAAAUACUUGUUUUUUUUAAACAAAAUAUUUCGAAUUAAUUACAAUAGUAAUGUUAAAAUCAAAAACUCAUUGUUAACUUUAAUUUCAUAAGCCAAUGUUUUUAUCUUCCUAUACCAAGAAAUUGUCAGAUAUUAUAAUGGUGCAAAAUAGAUAUAUUUUUAUGAGGUAGAAUACAGCAUUGUAAACUUAAAUCUAUGACUACAAUGAUAAUGGCAGAUAUUUUAUGUUCAUAUCAUUCCUAUUGUUAAUCUGUUAAGUAUAAUUCAGUUUGCUUUCCCUUUCAUGUAAUAGUUCCUUUCAUUUAAUUUUCUCUGACAUUGAUAAUCAUACAUCGUUCAAAUACAAAAGCUAUUAAGCACAACAAUGAUGUGCAUAGCAUUUAUCAUUAUACCUUUAUAAUUAAAUGUAUUACAUUAAUAUAUUUACUUCACAUAACACAUUCAUGUGAAAUAUAUAUUAAGAAAAGCACAAUACCAUAGAAUAGUAUAAUGGUUGCUGGUGGCACCAUAAAUCGUCCCUAACAUACAUAUUGCUUGCCUAUGACAUACCAGAAGAGAAAAAAAUUUUAUGUGGUUUUUACAAAAAGUUUUAAAUUGGUACUACUUUUUAAAUAAAAGAUUGAUUUUGCCAUAUGAAAUUUUACAUCAUGUAAAAUUUUACAUUAUGUAAAUAUCAUACAAAUAUUUCUAAAUUCUUCACUUUUUGUAAAAACUACGUAUCUGUCGUGUCAUUAUCUAUUAGAUUAAUGAUAUUAGUUUAACAUCCUUACAUUAAGUGAUGGUGAAAGAGAUUUAUCAUUAUAAUGAUAUCUCCAUAAAUAAUAUUAUAGCAAAUAAGUAUUAAUCUCGCUAAGAUAUUCAGUUAUAUAUAUAUAUUAGCUGCAGUUAUGUAUUAGCUUUUAGUGAUUUCUUUAUAUAAUUAUUUAUUUUGUAAAAAAAGAAGUGAAAAGCACAAAAAUAUGUUAGCACCGAAAUUUGUAUAUAGUAUAUACAUUAUUGUUUCGUUUCCAUAUUUUGUAUAAAUUGUUAAAUAUGCAUGCUUGAUUAAUUUACUUUAUUUAUGUUAAAUAUAUAUCGUAUCAGAUUAAAAAAUCUAAUAAUACUCCAUAUGUGUGUGCAUAAAGAAUUGUUCACGUUGAAUCGACGUUAUUUUAGUUUUAAUUUAUUGUAUGAAUUCAUUUUAUUAUCAUUGUACACCGUUAUAAUGUAUAGAAAAAUGUUUUCUUAAUAUUGAUAUGUUCAUAAUUUAUUUUAUAGACUAUGAACAGUGCACAUUUCAUCACGUACAAAUACUAUAUUGAAAGAGAAAAAUAUGAAAAUGUAUCAUGCUUCGGUUAAAAAUUGUUUAAGUAUUUUUGUGGGAAAAAUAAAGAAAGUCAAGGUUGUGCUUGAA